AGAGACUGAGAGGAGAGCGCCCGCCUCGCGGCCGUACGCCGAUCUCUCGCCACCCGUGUGUGUCGCGCGGCGCACGUCGGCUCCUCCCAGAUCGCGAGAGGGUCGACGAAAGAGGGAUCGAGGCGGAAAGUAAGUCGCGCGCGGAGUUUGGCGAGACGUCGCGCGAGAGGAGCGCCCUGGCCGCUUCUCAGUUUCCGCCUUUCUUCUCGAUCUGAGAGUGUUUCCGCGGGAUUUCGGAAACCAGGAUCGAUAUCGAGCGCUUACCGAUCUAUCCGCGAUCCGAGACUUCCAUGUUUCGGAUUGGAACAACCGUAACAACCAGUAAAAUCUCUGCAAUUGCGAGGCACCCGAAAAUAUAGACUCCGAAUCUAGAUCCCCCGCCGAUCGCACACCGACGAUCCUGCGAUUUCAAUCUCAAUCAUUUCUGGCUAAUCGAGAGGAUAAAUCGACAAAUAAUUCCGAUCGCUUUUCAUCGAGAGAUAAUCUUAAUAUCGCAAAUCCACAGCAAACAUCGAUCGAGAUUUUACAAAAAUCCGCAUCGUGCAGCACCCGAUCUUCUGCCGUAGAUUCCCAUAAAAGUGCAGUUUCACUUAAAGCUCCUAUCGAAGCAAUCGGUACAAGCAAAGGAAAAAAAAAUUGACGAAGAGAGACAUCCUGCAGGAAGAGGAUUCUGCAACGAGAUCGAGAUAAGGAUCCUGCAACUUGCGCGCGGGCAUCGGGAAAGCGUGCACGGCACUGAGCUUUGGGUGGCAGCUAGAAGAGGGGGCCUCGUGUUUCCCACCCCCGGUCGGUGGAAAAUCGAAGACGUGUCGAAACUACCAUGAGCGAGGGCACGCCGAAGUCGCAGAUCAAGAUCGUCGUGCCCGACGGUUCGCCAGCACGUCCGCAAGCUGGCGAUGGAGGCGGCGCAGGCGGAGAUGGCGAUCCCAUUGUCAGCACCAAUUCCGAGAAGAAGUCAGGAUAUGAGACCAAUCUGUAUCUCUACAGUGAGGAGAUGGAGGAUCGGCCGCGGAUCUCGACGUUGCUCAACAGCUUGGCCAACUAUAGCAACACCAUCCCUGCGGCGACCGACCCGGACAAACCAGCUCCGCCCACGGGGGGUGGUGCACGGAUGGGUACUCUCAUAGGUGUCUACUUGCCGUGUAUCCAGAACAUCUUCGGCGUGAUCCUCUUUAUCCGGCUGACAUGGGUAGUCGGCACCGCCGGCGCCAUACAGGGUUUCUUGAUUGUGCUCAUCUGCUGUUGCGUUACGAUGCUGACGGCGAUCAGUAUGAGUGCCAUCGCCACCAACGGCGUAGUGCCGGCCGGUGGUUCCUACUUUAUGAUCUCGAGGAGCUUGGGCCCGGAAUUCGGCGGCGCGGUGGGUAUGUUGUUUUACACCGGUACCACCCUGGCCGCCGCGAUGUACAUCAUCGGCGCCGUCGAGAUCGUUCUCACCUACAUGGCACCGUCGCUCAGCAUAUUCGGCGACUUCACGAAAGACGCCAACAUCAUGUACAACAACUUCCGAGUAUACGGCACCAUGUUGCUGAUGGUAAUGGGUACGAUUGUCUUUGUGGGCGUGAAGUUCGUUAACAAGUUCGCCACCGUCGCACUGGCCUGCGUUAUUUUAUCCAUCGUCGCUGUUUACGUGGGGCUCUUCGUCAACGUCAACGGCAACGAGUCUCUAAAAUUGUGCGUGCUCGGCAGAAGGCUGUUAAAGGACAUCGACGUUUUAACUGACUGCAAUAAACAUCCCGGUGGUGUUUUGGAAAAAAUUUACUGCAACGGCACGACGCGAGGUGCGAGAUGCGAUUCGUAUUAUUCUGAGAAUAACGCUACCAUCAUCAACGGUAUCCGCGGCUUGGCCAGCGGCGUGUUUCUAGAGAACAUUUGGGACCGUUUCCAAGAGGAGUCUCAGUUAAUCUCUUACGGAAGUGACCCGAAGGACAUGGACGUUCUGUCGGGAUCGAGCUUUAAUCAAGUCCAAGUCGAUCUCACCACGACUUUCACUAUUCUCAUCGGCAUAUUCUUUCCUUCCGUGACGGGUAUUAUGGCGGGCUCCAACCGAUCUGGUGACUUGGCUGACGCUCAGAAAUCCAUUCCGAUCGGCACAAUCUGCGCGAUCCUGACGACCUCCACCGUAUAUCUGUCCAGCGUCCUCCUAUUCGCCGGAACCGUUGAUAAUCUAUUGCUACGCGAUAAGUUCGGUCAGAGUAUCGGUGGCAAGCUGGUAGUGGCGAAUAUGGCGUGGCCGAAUCAGUGGGUGAUCCUGAUCGGCUCGUUCCUGUCCACCCUGGGCGCCGGCCUGCAAUCCUUGACGGGAGCGCCGCGACUGCUGCAGGCAAUCGCCAAGGACGGCAUCAUUCCCUUCCUCACGCCAUUCGCCACCAGUUCGAGUCGAGGCGAACCUACGCGUGCUUUGGUGCUCACUGUGUUGAUCUGUCAGGGUGGUAUCCUGCUCGGCAACGUGGACUACCUGGCGCCGUUGCUGUCCAUGUUCUUCCUCAUGUGCUACGGUUUCGUCAACCUCGCCUGCGCCCUGCAAACCCUACUGCGCACGCCGAACUGGAGGCCGCGAUUCAAAUACUACCACUGGAGCCUGUCGGUCCUCGGCCUGUCGCUCUGCAUCGCCGUCAUGUUCAUGACCAGCUGGUACUACGCACUGGUGGCGAUGGGUAUGGCCGGCUGUAUCUACAAGUACAUCGAAUAUCGCGGCGCCGAGAAGGAAUGGGGCGACGGUAUCCGCGGUCUGGCGCUGUCCGCCGCCAGGUACUCACUGCUCAGGCUCGAGGAAGGUCCGCCGCACACGAAGAACUGGCGUCCGCAGAUCCUGAUCCUCGCGAAACUUACCGACGACCUGGUGCCUAAGUAUCGCAAGCUCUUCGCCUUUGCCAGUCAGCUCAAGGCCGGCAAGGGGCUCACUAUUAGCGUCAGCUGCAUCCCCGGUGACUACACGCAGAACUCGGGGGAGGCGCUGGCGGCCAAGCAGAGUCUCAAGAAGACUGCGGCGGAAGAGAAGGUGAAGGGCUUCGUCGACGUUCUCGUUGCGAAGAACGUCGUCGAGGGGCUGAGCUCGCUGAUACAAAAUACCGGACUCGGCGGACUGAAACCGAAUACGGUGAUAUUGGGUUGGCCGUACGGCUGGCGGCAGUCGGAAGAGGAGAGAACCUGGCGAGUCUUUCUGCAAACCGUAAGGAGCGUCGCGGCCGCGAAAAUGGCACUACUGGUGCCCAAAGGCAUAAACUUCUUCCCGGAUUCGAGCGAGAAGAUAAUCGGCAACAUUGACGUCUGGUGGAUCGUGCACGACGGCGGCCUAUUAAUGUUACUGCCGUUCCUACUGAAGCAACAGCGCACCUGGAAGAACUGCAAGAUGAGGAUCUUCACGGUCGCGCAGAUGGAGGACAACUCAAUACAGAUGAAAAAGGAUCUGAAGAAGUUCCUGUACGACCUGAGGAUCGAGGCGGAAGUCGAGAUUGUCGAAAUGACGAACACCGACAUCUCCGCGUACACGUACGAACGCACUUUGAUCAUGGAGCAAAGAAACCAGAUGCUACGCGAGUUACAACUGAACAAGAAGCAAUCACUGGGAGUGGUGCAGACAUUGGUGGACUUCAACGAGGUACCCGCCGAGGAAAAAUUACCUCUGGUACAGGCGAUCGUAGAUCACCAUCACAACGUGGACGCCAAAGUGCCGACGAAGGUGAGAUUCCAGGAACCGGGUAACCAGAGUACAAACGUGACCGACGACACGAAGCUGAUGCAGGAAACCGAUUUAAAUAACAAGGAGCUGGACGCUGCCGAGGAAGCAAAUGAAAAGGAGGAGGCUAAGGAGAAUAAUGACGAGGAGACAAAGUUGAUUGGCGGCUCGCCUAAGGCGGAAAAUAAAGAGAACACGGAGAAGGAUGCAAAGGAGGCGGAGGCCGAGAAUGAAGCGCAAGAAAACAAAAGUCAAAGUCCGGAGGUUAAGAAACCCACGAUUACACCCGACGAGGGUGACGUGAGGCGUAUGCAUACCUCGCUGAAGCUGAACGAGGUAAUCCGUAAAAUGAGCAGCGAGGCUCAGCUGGUCAUCCUGAAUCUUCCUGGACCGCCCCGGGACACGAAGAUGGAACGUGAAUCUAACUAUAUGGAAUUCCUCGAGGUGCUCACCGAAGGCUUGGAGAGGGUACUGAUGGUGCGGGGUAGCGGACGGGAGGUGAUCACCAUCUACUCGUGAACUGAAGCGACGGGAAUUAACGCCGUUGCCUUGCGGGAGCAGAGCUCUAGUUUACUUCUCAGUGACCUAAACGACACUACCCUAAGGAACAUACUGCUCUUGUGCCAUUGUCUGCGCAGUCGCUUGCAGUCGCGCGUUCUGAAAGUCGUUGAGGCGAAGAGGAUGAGACGACGAUCGUUCAUACUCGAACACGGAAGACGAAGUUUCACCGAAGCCGAUUUUUACGUGGACCGCGGCGACCGAUCGUCCGAUGAUGAAGCCAAAAGCGAUGAUGCCAAAGGAUAGGUUUUUCUUUGAAUGAAUUUCUGAAACGUAGAACGUGCGGAGGGUUUAUGUGUCAGGUACGCGUCAAAGGGGGUCGCAUACGAAGCGUAGCGAGGGCUGCUCAGAUUCGAAUUCGACAACUUUUAUCGAGCUCGGCCGAGCUCGCCGGACAAAGCACAGACUGGUGCACCUCUCGGAAAUCGCCAGUACAAACAAACAAAAAACUGUAGCUCAAUAAGACGAGUCCCGAGUAAACGUCACUUUGAUUCAAUUUCUUGCAAAACUGAUAGCUAAAAAUCACGUCUAAUCACGAAGGAGAGAAUUAGAGUAAGAGAGAAUGGCAAAAGAACGGGGGGAGGGAAAAAAAUCAAAAUUUGGUCCGAGGCUAAGGUCGAAGCAUCUACGAAACCACUGCCAGACUACUUUCUAAAUGCUUCGCGUUUAACCAAAGACGCGAGAGGCUCAUUUUUCUACAUGCAUUGUCGUUAAUAGGGAAAAGAAUAAGAGUAGUAGGUACGUAUAUAAUUUUAUUGCUUGAUAUAGGUGAAUCUAGAGUAGCCUAGGAUAGUGCCGACUUUUAUUAUAAUUAUAUAUAUAUAUAUGUGUGUGUGUAUUUGAUAAUAGAAAAACGACGAGUAUGUCGCGAGUAUUACUGCAUUUCCUUCGGGGAUCGAGAAGUGAUCCCGCUCUCUUUUCCAAUCUCGCGUGGUAAAUCUUUACGUACAUACACACACACGCACACGCAAGGGACAUAUGUACAAGACACACAUUCGUACACACACAUUCGCGCGCGUUUGUAUCGUCUUUAAGGCCUACUGGUCCAAGAUGCCACUACCAUUUAAUCGAUAACACCAAGUGAAGUUGAAUCGUGACGCAAGGAGUGCAACCUGAAAGACUCAAUGCCAAAAUGCGCGGCGAUCCUUUACCGAAUUUCAUCGAAAAGAAAAACAAAUAUAU